GUUGAACUUUUUAACAAAAUUAUAACUUUUUGUGCUCUUGUUUAUUUCUACAGUGGAAUAAAAAUAAUAUAUAAACACAGUUGCUGAUGAGAAAACCUUCAUUUAAUGUCUCAACAUACAUUCAUCACCAUUCAGUGAAUUAUUACUGUUUAAAAUGAAUUAUUUCAGGAACUUGACCUUCCAGUUUAUAUUUAGUAAAACUGCUGGUGUGAUUUGAGCUGUGGGCGGAGUCACGUGUUUAACUCCUCCCACGCCGCCGCAGUGAAGCUCUGCUCGGAGCAAACCGUAGAAACUUUUUCUGCCUCUGAACCUUCGUGAUUCUCCAGUGUUGAAAUCUUAUCAUUUCAGAGACAGUUUCAUUAUAAACUGUAAACAAAUGAAACAUUUUCUGAGUGUGAAAUAUCAAACACAUUUCGUCACUGCAGACAUAUUGAUCUGUGAAGCACUUCAGACUUUUUUAUUCGUCUUUAUUCUGUUGAAAGAAAGAACAGAAACGAAUCUAUGAACGUAAACGGGACUGAUUGUGUUGUCAGCGUUGGUGGGAAACCCUGAGUUUAAGAGCUGAAACAUGUUGGACAAACACGUUUAAUACUGAUAGGAGACACAAAACAUUCAGAGAGUUCAGAAAGAAAAACAAGUUACAGGAGAUUAAAAGUUAUUUUACAAUAUAUGAACUGGGAAACACAAUGUUAUUAUUUACUGAUUGUGUUUUACACUCACAAGAAACGUGUAGUUUAGUAAAAGGUUUUAUCCAACUAACUCUAAACGGAUCCACAUUAAAUAUAAUAAACUUACUCGGUUAGUUUUUCUUCUUCAUCAGCGUCAUCACUGACCUUGUGUCCAGGUCUCUGCACAGCUUUGCUGCUGAUCUACAGGCCUGAAUUAACAGAUCGACUAAUUAUUUCUGCUAUGCGCUUCCAAUAACAGAUGGUUGAGGAAUCAAACCAAAGUUUGUUGGCAGCUUUCACGACUGACAUCAUUCAGCUCCACAGUUUCCGCUUUGCUUUGCUUUGCUUUGUUCUUGUACUGCAACUCAUUCCUCAGAGUCUAACGGAGCAGGAGGGGAAACUCCCUGAUUCAGGACGAGUCCGGUGUUAUGCCCUGCAACAGGGAGAUGAAUGUAAAGAAUGUCCGGCAUUAGGAGGAGGAGUUCUUAAAUUUAGAUCUGGUCUGUAGCUUUAGAGAUCAGUAGCAACGUUAUGCAGAGACCUGGACACAAAAGUUGACAAAGCAACAAAAUAUGGAGGCUGAUAAAGAAGAAAACUAACAGAGAUGAAGAUGAUCUCCAGGAUCCUGCUGCUCCUCAUCCUCAGCUCAUGUCUCUGUGCAGCAACAUUUGUAGUGAAUGUGACACAGAGCAGCUAUCAGGCAGAGGAGAACCACAGCAUCACUCUGGAGUGGACCUUCCCCACCAAGACUCAGGGAUCCUGGAGGGAACUGUUCAUUGACUGCAGCUUGUUGGAUCCUCGCAGAAGAUUAUUCCACUAUCAGGUCCAUAAAGGUGUUGAGAUUUCAAAGUCUCAGCAUGAACAUUUUUCAGGACGAGUCCAGAUUGACAAAGACGUCCUCAGAGAAGGACGAAUCAGACUCCAUGUGUCCAGACUGAGGACUGAAGACUCUGGUCUGUAUCGGUGUGAAGUGAAAACUGAAGAUGGAUCCAACAAUGCUGCAUGUCGACUCAACGUUACUGCAGCUGCUGAUGUUUGUGCAGUCCGGAGAACGACCUUGGAUCCAGAACCAGAAGGUCGAGGAAGGAACGGCCCCCAUGAUUCUCUCGGACUGACAACAGCAGCAGCUGCUGCUGAUGUCUCUCCAACCCAGAAAACGACCUUGGAUCCAGAACCAGAAGGUCGAGGAAGGAUCGGCCUCCAUGUUUCUCUGUUACUGACAGCAGCAGCAGCAGCAGCUCUGAUGGUCAAACUUUUCCUGACUCUCCGUUCAAAGGGUUGAUAUGGAUGAUGAUCCUGUGGGCAGGAAGGAGCUCCAGUAGCAGUCUGUGUUGGACUGAAUAUGAAGAAGCCUCUGACUGAAGACUGUUGCUGUUUGACCAAAUCAUGGCUGCAUGACAAGCAAACAGGUCAAAUAUCAGACAGCAGAGAAAAUAAUUCACUGAAACACUGGAUGACAUCAUCAGGCUCUGCUAAUCCACCUCAUCAGCUUCUGCUUCUCCUCUGUAGAGAGAGAGUAAGUUGUAAAACAAUACAUUGUUGUCAUGGUUACGUAUCACUACAACUGUCUGAAAGUAAAAAGUGUAAGAGCAAAAAUCCUUCUAGUGGCAGAGCAACCAGAACCAGAGGGAAACCAGAACCAGAACCAAUCAGAGCCGACGUAGCUGAGCUGCUCCAACAUGGCUGUCAUGGAAGAAAUUACUUUAGCAAGAGUCUGGAUGAGAAGAAAUAAGGAAUUUAUUAAAACCUUGCAAGGUGAGAACAGAAAUACAGAGUCGUAGGAAUCUGUCAAGUCUGCUCUGACCAACAGUGGAUCUGGUUUCCUUUUAUAGGUUCUGGUCAGAGAAGAGAGACUUGAUUGGACUAUAGGUGUGAAUCCCUGAUUGUGAUGUACCAGAGAUUCUGUGGAGACCAACACAGAUAGUCUGGCCAUUUGUCUGUUGUUAAGGAAAGGAGAUGAUUCUCUGAUGCUAAAGGAUAAAUUCUACGUUGGGAAGAAACUUUUAGAUCGUCUCCAGGAUCAAGGAGCUCCUGCUGUUCUUUGGUACAGCAGAGGCCCAUCUGAGAGCAGCUUGACCAAAAUCAUGAUAAGAUCAUGCAGACAACCUAAAGCAGAAGAGAGGUGAGGAGAACCUUAUAACAUUUUCUAUUACGAUGGCGCCUCCAUGUUUUCUCUGUUUAUUGAGAUCAAACUUCUGGACUUUGGUCUCAUCGGUCCAGAGGAUUUUGUUCCAGGAGUCGUUUGGUUCAGUUCUGAUGACUUUGUCCAGUUCAGUCCAGAUUAAUGGAUGUUUUUACACAAGUUUAUAAUUGAAGUAAAAACCAGCUGGUGAAACGUUUAUAAUAAAUGUUAUUUUUAUAAACAACUGAUUUUUAUAAAUGUUUUUAUAUGUAAAAUAUUUUAAUUUAGUGAAUGAAUGAAUCGUAGUAAAAAAAUGAACAGAGUCUUUCCAUCUGUUGUUUUGAAUCAACUUUAAAAAGUUUUGUUGAAGCAAAUUUAUUGAAGUCAUUUUUCUCAGAGCUUUGAUUCAGAAAGUAUUAAAAUUCAGUCAUUUCAAAUGAAUCAACAUGAAUCUCAAUGAAAAGCUGCCAGUGAGUCGUUUUCUCAGCUUUCAGCUCCAAAAGGUUCUGUGGAUCAGAACCAUCCAGUUAUUAAAGCUGAACAGCUGAGAGGUUUUGUUACUGUGAUCAGUUUAUCUGCUUUGUUUUCUGUUUCUGCUGUUAAAAUGUAAAUAAAUCAGUUUUAUAGAAAGAUGCUGUCAGGACUCU